AUGGAUAUUACAACAAAUUUUCUUUCUCGCAGCUUAUCUGAAAUUGCUUCGUCCGUGUCCGACGCGUCAGGGGACUUCUCUUCGACGAGUACAAAUUAUGAGUUUGAACAAAAGUUACGCCAAUUGAUUGAGCAUGCUUUUUGUCCUAAUGUCUUCACAUUGUGCUCGGAUGAUACAGAAACUUUUAUAAAAGGAAAAGGCUUCAAAAACUUUGCUUCUUUUAUUCGGUCUUUUGGCGACCGUGUCGAACGCAAAAAAUCUAACAACCCCAACACUUCGGCGCAACAUGCAAACUCACAAAGUGGUAGACUUCGGGAAGAUACAAGCUCUAUUCGUUUUUUACCAAUGUCAGCUGUGCGAACUCCUCAACAAUGGCAUCGCGAUCGAGCAUGGAAUAAAGAAAAUGAGAUUGAAUUAGAACAAGAAAUGUCUUAUGAAUUUGCACCCGGAGGAAAUAUGGAACAUAUACGUGAACUUUUUGAGAAAAAUAUUAAGAAAUGGGCCGCGGAAGUUGAUGAUCAAGUAGAGCCGGAUUCGUUCUUAGACCCUAUGCUACAAUAUUUCAAAUUUCUAAUGUCUGGUAAUCCGAUAGCACAACAAGAAACCUUUUCCCAUCCUGUCGGAUGUUUAAUUGUGCUAACUUCCCAUAAUCCACAUCCUCUAGCUACUAUAAUGCGCUUGUAUAAAGAAGUAAAUAACGCUAAUUUUCCUAGAUUUAUGUCAAGGGAGAUGUUGCAUUAUUAUCUUUAUAUUCACGAUGAAGAUGAACAUGAUUUAGAAACUUCUCUUCAAGUGUUUGGGAACAUACAACGUAGCAUAGGUGCGAAUUCUAAAUUUAUUCGACUGCGAUCACGAUAUAUCGAUUUAGCGCAUAUACAAAACAGGCAGUCUCCAUCGAACUCGGAAUAUAAUAGGGAUGAACUAAAAGGUGAAGGUGACCUUUAUAAUCCCUCAAGCUUACUUUCUUCGGCUUCGUUAGUCAACAGUUUUUCAAGUCCGACACUGUUCUCAUUUGACUCAGAAUUAGCUAAAGUGCCUGAACCUACGUGGAAAUCUCCUUUAGAAAUUUUAAAGGAAGAAGAUGAAGAAAAAGGAAGUUCUUUGAAGCCAGUGAUACCCUCGGAAGAAAUUCAAGAAAUGGAAAGUUUAGUAACCACGAUACUUUUUGAAGGCAUACGUCCUUUUAUGCAGAGAUGUGUAAACUCCUGGGAAGAGAGUACGGUUACGCAUUAUGGUGGAUUUACAGGGAAGUUAUUUUCUGCUUCAAAAAAAUACCUUGGGAAGAACCAUUCAUCCUCUGCUCAGGGAAACUACGAUUCUGACUAUUUUAUGUAUUCUGCAGACAAGCCAGAAGCUGUGAAGCGAAGAAUGGCUGAUUUUUUGUUCAUGCUGCGUGAGUAUAAACGAGCUUACGAGAUUUAUGAUGAGCUACGGAAAACGUUUUGUCAGGAAAGGGCGUGGAAUUAUUUAGCUUCUUGUUUGGAAGCCCAGAUAAUCUGUCUUUUGAUGCAAAACCGUGCAAUUACUCCAAAACUACGAACGUCAGUUUUGGAUAAGAUAUUUAAUGAUAUGGUGCUCGUUUAUGCUGCAAGACUUCAUUCCUUAUACUAUACUUCCCGAAGUAUUGUUAUAGGAAGUCUAUUAUUAGCUACCCGGCCGGGAAAUUGUAUUGACGAUGCUGUACACUGGUUUCAACGACUAACUAAUUUAAAUGUAAUUCCUCUAUCGAAAUUUGAGUAUGCCUUUUUUAUAACAUGCUUAGCUGGAUUAUUUACUGUCCGAGCCAGUCUCCCUUCUUUAGAUAAAGUAAUCAAUGGUCGCGAACGAAAAGCAGCGUUUUGGUUUUUGCAUUCAAUUAAAAAUUGGUUAGAUUGCGAUCAUCCAAAAAUGGCUCUAGUAUGCUGGAAAUUUGCAAGUUGCAUCUAUGAAGAUUCAUGUUGGUCUGUUCUUUCGACUCAUAUAAAAGCAAUCGGCGCAGAAUUGUCCUCAACAGCUAAUGAUAAAAACUAA